AAAAAAAGAAUUGAGUAUCAGAUCUAUGGCUGUCAUGAAACUUUGAGAAGGAGAGGGUUAAACUCGGGAGAAUGGACUACAUAAACUGAAUGGCUUUAAGAAUAAUGUUGGCCAUUUAACGUCCCAGAUGUACUGAAAGUGAACUGUUUGGGGUUCCUGCAGAGGGACUCUACUAUCUUUUACAAAAUGGUUUCGACGCGGCUUUCAAGUAUUGUUGCCGGUGGAUCAGAUACAUCUGGCACAAUUUCAGAACCGGGGCCUUCAAAAUCUACCAGACAUAAUGUUGCCCCUCCACCUGCCUUCCAAGAUUCCAUUUCGGAAACCGUCACAAAUGCUGAGCCUAUUCAAGCAAUGAAUGUAAUGAAUUUUCCUCCAGAAAUUUUAUUGAAGAUUCUGGGUUAUUUACCUUACAGCAGUGUGGCCCAUUUACGCUUGGUGUGCCGCAAGCUGGACUCUGUGUGCAGCAGCAUCCUGAACUCCACCUUCCAGCGGCUGCAGUCGCAAAUGCUCAACCGGUUCCAGUGCAUCAAGGCCAAGAUGCCGCGUCGGGAGUCGGCUCGUCGCAACCACCCGCUCGCCUGCGAGUCGGACAUCAUCGAGACCCUGCACAUGCGGCUCACUCUGCUCCAGAUGACUUUCGGCAAGCACAUCGAGCGCAAGCACUGCUGCUUCUUUGCCGGAGAGAUCCUGGACGAAGUGUACCGUAUCCUGCACUACAUCAAGGUGACUCCGAAGCUGGCCCGCCCGUACAAAGUGACGGACGAGUUGUUUGAUCUGUCCACGAUGGCCAUGGAGUACUUCAAGGAGCACAUUGAGCCCACCUUGCCGGAGAUCGCUUACUUCGGAACAGACUUCCUGGACUUCACCGGUGCAUUUGCGCCCAGCACGUCCUCCAAGUCGUACCUGUCCGUGGGCUCGCCCCCUGAGGCGGGCGCCUUGAAGGGGGACGACUCCCCGAGCCUGCUGGUGAGCAUCGCCGAGGACCACGCCGUGCCGCAGCCGCUCCCCCAGUCCAACAUGGUGCUGCGCAAGCGCAUACGCAAGAUCAAGCAGGGCAUGAAGAGGUACAACAGCCAGUUGACUUCAAUGCGUCGUGAUCUCAAGACUUGCAAAGGAAAAAUUGCGGAACAACAAAAGCAAAUUCUAGAAUACGCAAGCAGAUUAGAUGAAUAUGAUAAAAAGAAUGAAGAGACGUCACGUAAAUUUAGUACUCUUCUUCAGUUACGAUCUUGCAAGCAAGCCCUCUGUGAGGGGGGUUUUUUGAUUCUAGGGGGGGCCCGGGCCCCCCUGGCCCCCUUGGGAUCUACGCCCAUCAUGGAGCUGAACAAGUGCAAAACAGAGCUGCAGUACUGGCGCUCCAAGUCGCCGGCCGUGCCCGCGGUGUGCGCGGCGUGCGGCAGCGUGGCGACGCCCGUGCCCUCGGAGGACCUGCAGGCCCUGGCCAACCAGGGCGUCGUGCCCGAGGGCCUGGCGCUGCUGGACUUCAAGUCCAUCGCGGGGACCAGCCACGACGAGCCGGAGGCCGGCCCGGCCAAGAGGAAGCCGCCCGAGGAGGCCUGCCACGGCGAGCCCAAGAAGCCCAGGCGGAUGCACAAGAGCCGCAGCAAACGAACCAAACUGACCUAGGACUCUGGACGAUAUCACCCAUCAUUAUUCAUUCUCGGACCCGAUGCAGACGUUGCGUUUGUGUUACGUUUAGUCCUUUUAUUUAAAAAAAAUAAACUAACUGAAUAUUUUGUAACAGAAAGUAGGAUUUGUUCUAUUUUAAAGCGUGAGUUUUAACGGCAGCAUGUGUUGUUUGGAUUUGACCCUGUAAUGCUAGGUUAAUUAAAUUUGUACAUUAUGAGUCUGUUGUACAGUGUGCUAGCAUAAUUUUUUAAUAGAAAAGAGCACAUCAGGAAAAAACAAGUAUUGAUCCUGAAAGUACAGACUUUUAAAGUUAUUCCCUGUAAGAUUGUUUUCUUGCUCACUUUUUGGGAGUGUAAAUGUAACAAUGUUUUUGGUGUUGUAAUUAAAAAUUUUUCAAAUCUAAUUGUUCCACAGUCAAAAUAUUUUUUUAGUCGUAAUGUGAUGCAGAUUAAAAAACUGAUCAGAGUACAUGUAGAGUAUAUGGUAGCUGCCACUUAAUAUUUAAUUUGCAACUGAAUUUUUUCAUUUUGAAAAUUUGAUUUGUGUGCAGAUGUUUGUAAAUAAUAAUAAAGAAAGCCUUAAUAUUAGUAGUGAAUUUAUUUUGAAAAUAACUUGUAUUCGAGAAAUAAAAUGAAAUAUUUAUUUCUGUGUAAUUUAAAA